AUGACGGGGGAGGCACUUCAAUUGAGUCGAGACCAGGCGAAAAUCUCCAAAAACCCUCAAACCUCCUUUCAGCGUUCAGCCAGUGAAGAGCUCCAAUUUUGCUUCAUCAACACAUCUCCCCUCCAGAGGACAUCCCUCCUGGUCCCCAUCACCGCCCUGGCCUUCUUGUCAUCCUCCACGCCAACUCUCCUCGUCGCGGAAGACAACCUCCUCAAAGCCUACGACACAUCAACACACACCCUCCGCCUCACCCUCCGCGUCUUCCACGCCCAAACCAUCCACGGCAUCGUCAUCAGCGACGACCUCAUCCUCUUAUGGGGUAACCAAUCUGUCACUGCCCUGCCAACCUCAGCCCUCGAGGCCGCCCUGACCGGCCGCGGCGAACCCCCCGCGCCCCUCGCAGAAGUCAAAGCCCACGACUGGCUCUUCAGCGCCGCCGUCUCGCCCGCGGGCCGCAUCGCCUUCGUGACGGCCCACAACGAGAUCCUCGAAGCCACCUACGAUGCCGCCGCGCAGAAGCUCGUCCUCGGCCGGAUCGUCGCCCCCGCGCGUCCCGGUCUGUACGCGGCCAAGGCGGCGUGGACGGCGCCCUCGACGCUGCUGGUCGCGGGCGGCACGGCCUUCGGCGAGAUUGUCGUGUGGACGUGCGAGCUGCCCGGUACCGGGACGCCGAGCUGCGAGGUGCUCUCCGUCUUUGCGGGGCACGAGGGCUCCAUCUUUGGGGUGGACAUUUCGCCCGAGUUUGAGGUUGCUGAGGGGCCGCCAGGAGAGAAGAUGCGCUUGCUGGCGAGCUGCAGCGAUGACCGGACGAUUCGGCUGUGGGAUGUCUCUGCGGCGUCGUUGGAGAGAGGCGUCGUGCAGGCUUCCUUUGGAGAGGCGCGCGAGACGGGGUUUGGCAGCGUUGACCUCUCUGCUGUGGCGGAUGCGUCGAGUGCCCCGGUCGCGGUGGCCAUGGGGCAUGGUUCGCGAAUCUGGCAUGUCAAAUUCGCGGCGCAUGAUCUUGGCUUCGAGAAAGGCCAGGUCGUGAUGCCGGUCUAUUCAUUCGGAGAGGAUGCCACGGUGCACAAGUGGCGGUUGGAGGUGGAUGUUGCGGCGUGGCAGGAGAGGAGAGCAUCUGCCGAUGCAGUCGACGGAGGCGCGGGUAAGCUGAUACUGCGAGAAACGUUUGCCCACCACGAUGGGAAGCACAUCUGGGCGGCAGUUGUUGAGCCCCUGAAGCAGGGGGGCUCUCUGAUCGCCACUGGGAGGCGCGGAUCCGAGAGUCAACCUCAUCACCGACGAUGUAGACACGACAGCGAGCGCGAGGGAAGCAAUGGGCUUGACACGCUUCCAAGUGAGCUUUCUCAGCUCGUCUUCGAAGACAUCCUGAGUCUGUUGCCGCCAUCAACUCAAGAAUAUCCGCCACCUUCGAGGAAACGGCCGGAAGGGUUUCAGAACUUUGUCUUCAUUUCUCAAGAUACGUUGCUGGCUGCAAGCACUAGAGGAAGGAUCCUCUUGGGGACAUUUGCGGCAGAUCUCGCAUGGGAGGAGGUUUCUUACGAAGGCCAACACGGUCGCGACCUGGCAUACUGCACUACAAUCAGGAGUCCUGCCCCUGGCGUAGCCAUCCUAGGGACGGCCACGAAGAAGUUGUUCUUGUACAAGGAUUCGACGGUCAAGGAAAUCACCGUCAUGAACGGCAAGGUCUCCGAUAUCUUCGUCGUCAAGUCCCUCAGUGACGAUAGCCCUUCGGUGGUGGAGCUUCUCAUUAUGAUGAUAGGAGGUCCAGACGUUAUGCAGCUCCUGACUGUUGACCUAUCCUCCGUCACCGUGACUUCCAGCCUUUCGGUCCCUGGUCAACAAGCUGGCUACGUCGCGACAGCAGCCCAUCUAGUCGGCGAUGUUUUGCUUAUUGGCUCUCGUCACGACAUCUCCCGCGUGGACGGCGCAGAGCUCGAGAUCGGAACGGCAGCCACGGAUGGCCAUCUCGGCGUCUGGAUCGCGCAAAGGGGUGGAACGGACGUUGCGGGGGAAUACGCCCUCCAGACGACGGCAAGACUGCACCAAAGCUCCGUCAAGGCACUGGACAUGAUCAAUCUCGACCACGACGGGGCGGAGAUCCGCCUCAUCCUGACCGGCGGCGACGACAACGGUCUCGGUAUGACUGUGCUCCAGCGGCGGCAUGGCAAGUACGAGUUCGUCUCCAAGACGGGCGUCAAGGGCGCUCAUGCGGCGGCUAUCAACGGUCUCGCAAUUCUGCAGACGAUGCCGCCGAGCCCGGAAGAGCAGGCGCGGCGGACGACGUUUGCUACGGUUAGUAACGACCAGCGCGUCAAGGUGUGGUCCCUAAGAUGGGGCCUGACCGAGGACGACGAGGCGCAGCUCACCUUGUUGGCGAACGAAAACAGCGGUGUUGCAGACCCAGGCGAUCUUGAUGUUCUCGACGGGGCUGAGGAGAAGGAUUAUAGAGAAAUUGUAGUUGUGGGUGUCGGCAUGGAGACCUGGCGUUUUGAUCUGGCAGGAAAGGGAACAUUGCGUAGAUAG